ACAGGGCUAACAUAGAGAGACAGACAACCAUUCGCACUCACAUUACUCACCAAUUAACCCACCCCCAGUACCCGGAUGUCUUUGGACUGUGGAAGGGUCAUAUACUUUAGAUUAAUUUAAAUUAAAUUAAUGUCAAUUUAAUUGACAUUAAUUCCCCCACAUCCCCACGGCUUGCCCUGGCAAACCGUGACAGAAUAAUCCCGCCAUUAUGGAUCCAUGGACUCAACGGAGAGGUUUAGGUGGAAGGUGACAGACAAAGUAAAUCGUCUGUGUGACCUGUGGCUGGAAGCGCACGAAAAGAGGAUUUACGUUGCGCUGUGGAGAAGGUUGUCCCUGGGUGGUGGACAACCUUUUUCCGAUCGUGGCGGAUUUCCUGCUUAACACCCUUCACCUCCACUCGUCGAUCCAGGCUGUCCCCCGGCUCGGCCAGCCAGAGGAUUUCCAGCCUGGCAUGCCGGCCUCGGCGUCGCUAGGAUUUACGGACACCGCAGCCGGAUUUACGGACUUCCCAACAGCCAGCUGUGGUGAGUAGUAAGGACAGUUUUUCAUUUUCCACUCCAUCUGUUUGUUUACUUAUGAACUGUGAGACUGCCAAGCCUGUAACUCAGUCAGCCACCCAGUCAGUAACUCAGUCAGCCUCCUAGUCAGUAACUGAGUCAGUAACUCAGGCAGCCUCCCAGUCAGUAACUCAGGCAGCCGCCCAGUCUGUAACUCAGUCAGUUGCCCAGCCUAUAGCUAAGCGGUCUGCUGUUCAACUAUCUACCCCACCUACAGCAGCCUCCACUCCACUACCCACUCCAGCAGCUCUGGAUGCUGCUGGGAGUAAAAUGAACUCAAUUAGUGUGUUAAAUUCGUUCCCUGUGACUGUGAAAAUGGAAGGGGAAGAAAUGAAGAAGAGGAUAGAAAAGAUUGAGAAGAUAGAAAGUGUUGCUAAUGAUUGUAUCUCGCUGCCUUUACCCAAACUGACUGUCUGCACUGCACAGCCCCAGCCACAGCAUCCCGAGCCGGCCGUGCGCCCUGUGCAGCUGCAAUUAGUACCGCCUCUGUCAGAGGCCUCCACACCACUCUCAGCCUCACUGUCUGCUGCUGCCACCCCACUUUCCGCCUCUCUCUCUGCUCAACUGGUUGCUGUUGCUGUGCCACCAUUCACUACACCACUAGUUCAAUCACUUGCAGCUCAGCUAGCUGCUCUAGCACCUGCUCAACUUCCUCUACGAAUAUCACUACAGUCAGUAGCUCCAUCUCUAGUUCUGUCACCUGAGCCGCCACUAGCACAGCUAGCUGCCCAGCCACUUCCAUCCUCUGCUGAAUUUAUAGGGAAGCUCAGUCUGCAAGCAGAAGACUGUGGGGCGCAACCUCUGCUGGAACAAAAUGUCCGCCCUGCACAGCCCCAGCCGCAGCAUCAGGAGCCGGCUGUGUGCCCUGUCCAGUCGCAGUCGGCUUUCCUUUGGCCGGAGGUUGCAAUACCUGCUGGUCAUGCGUCUGUCUUCACUGGAGGGACCGAGGGAACGCUUCAGUUGUCAUCCUCUCCACCAUCUGCAGCUGCUACUCUACGUCUACGUCUCCACCGCCAGCAGUCGCCAUGCUGCCACCUGUGGAACUCACUCUGCCCGAGCCGGAGGGCAGCGAGCCGAAGGAGCUCAGUGAGCCGGGGGCGCUCACUGAGCCCGCACUGCUCGCGGACAAGGUCAGCGAGCCGGACUGUUCUCUGUCCACAUUUGUAUGUUGUUAGGUAUGUGUGUGCAUGUGUGUGUAGCUGUUUUCUGUGGCCAAGUUACAGGGACCUCCAGGAAUGGUGGGUGUGGACCUGCUAGGGGACUGGCCACACCCAAAGUCCUUGCCACACACCUGCUGCUGAUCUGGGCUUGUCGGGAGAGCUAUUUAGGAGAGCGAUGGAGCUUCCACCGACGUGGGACUAUUGCGUUACACUUCAUGAGGAGUGUGGGACGAGAGAGAGCAGUGAGCACGGGGAGUGCAGAGACACAGGAGCAGAGAGCACUAAACAGGGACUUUUUGGGAAGAAGACACGACACGGGAGUAAAGGGAGAGCACAGGGAUUUAUUGUCAUUUUCGCACUGUAAAUAAACGCACCACUUGCAGUGAAGAGUCCAGCGUUCUGGGUCCUCCUUUCCCCCACAUCCCCACGGCUUGCCCUGGCAA